GUGCGCCCUCUAUUGGUUCGUUGUCCGUCCAACAGCAACACCGUGGGCUGGACUGACGGGGAAGGAUGUGGUCCUUUUUCGCUCGGGACCCUAUUAAAGACUUCAACUAUGAAUUAUUACCCGAAAACCAAGAAAAAUCAGGCAUAUGGACCCUUAGCCGGGGCAAGCGCAAGUCGACCGGUGAACCGGUGUCAGUCUUUGUGUAUGAGGUUUCUCAAGGAACAGAGGAGCAGACACAACUGGCUAAAGCAGCUUUCAAGCGCACAAAAACCCUCAGACAUCCCAACAUCUUGUCUUAUGUAGAUGGGCUGGAGACUGAGAAAAGCUUGUACAUCGUCACAGAGCCAGUGACCCCGCUGGCUGCACACCUGAAACUCCAGACAGAGAAGGGUUGUGCGAGUGAUUUAGAGGUGUCAUGGGGCCUUCAUCAGAUUGUGAAAGCGCUCAGCUUCUUGGUGAACGACUGCCACCUCAACCAUAACAACUUGGGUAUAUGGGCUGUCUUUGUGGACCGUGCUGGUGAAUGGAAGCUUGGAGGGCUGGAUCAUGUGACCUCAGAGCAGGGAGACUCCAUAACAUUACCACCACCUAAAGUCAUCAACCCUGACCUGGAGAGAUACGACCCUCCAGAGAGCCCCAACAGUGGUGGAGAAAAAUGGACAGGAGAUGUGUGGCGUCUCGGUUGUCUCAUUUGGGAAGUAUUUAAUGGAUCUUUACCACGUGCCUCCUCGUUACGAUCUCUUGGCAAGAUUCCAAAGCAGUUAGUGCCGCAUUACUGUGAGUUAGUGGGAGCAAACCCAAAGAUUCGUCCCAACCCUGCCCGCUUCUUACUGAACUGCAGAUCUCCUGGAGGAUUCAUGAACAACAGCUUUGUGGAGAGCUGCCUGUUUCUGGAAGAGAUACAGAUUAAAGAGCCUGCAGAGAAGCAGCAGUUUUUCCAGGACCUGAGUGAGAAUCUCGACUCGUUCCCUGAGGACUUCUGCAAACAUAAAGUGCUUCCUCAGCUGCUUACAGCCUUUGAGUUUGGCAAUGCUGGCGCUGUCGUCCUCACACCACUGUUUAAGGUAGGGAAGUAUCUGUCAGCUGAGGAGUACCAGCAGAAAAUCAUCCCAGUCAUAGUGAAGAUGUUCUCCUCUACUGACCGCGCCAUGAGGAUACGACUGCUGCAGCAGAUGGAGCAGUUUAUUCAGUAUUUGAAUGAAGCAGCAGUUAACUCACAAAUUUUUCCACACGUGGUUCACGGUUUCACAGACACAAACCCUGCUAUCCGAGAGCAGACUGUUAAGUCCAUGCUUCUGUUGGCACCUAAACUGAAUGAGACCAAUUUAAAUCAAGAGUUGAUGCGUCACUUUGCACGACUUCAGGCCCGGGAUGAUCAGGGCCCCAUCCGCUGCAACACCACUGUUUGCCUGGGCAAAAUUGCCCCCUACCUCAAUGCUGGGAUGCGCCAGCGUGUAUUAAUCUCAGCAUUCUCGCGGGCAACUAAAGACCCGUUUCCGGCCUCACGUGCAGCAGGUGUGCUGGGAUUCGCAGCCACACAUCAGUACUACAGUGUAGCUGAAAGCGCCAAUCGUAUCCUGCCUACACUUUGCACACUGACUGUGGACCCAGACAAAAACGUCAGAGAUCAGGCAUUCAAAGCCAUAAAAAGCUUCCUCAGUAAACUAGAAACGGUUUCAGAAGACCCUUCAAAACUAAUGGAAAUAGAGAAGGAUGUGACGGCGUCUGGACAGACAGGAGGGUCGGCUGCUACAUGGGCAGGAUGGGCGGUAACGGGCGUUUCAUCUCUUACCUCCAAACUCAUCCGAAACGCUCCGGCUGGUUCGGAGGCACCAUCUGCUGAAAACACUUCCAGCCCACAACCUGCUGCUGGACCAGUAAACACAAACACUGCAGACAAAGGUGCAGAAAUGAAGGCACAAACUUCCAGUGGGAUCAAAUCGGAAACCUCGAAUGAGGAAACGGGGGAUACAGAUGGAGAUCGAUGGGAUGAGGAAGAUUGGGGAAGCCUUGAGGACCCAGAGAAAGUGCAAACAGAUCCAGAUGACUGGCAGACUAACUGGUCAUCAGUGUCUUCAGCACAGAAGAAAAGCAAUGUGGGCCGAAAGUCCUCGGAGGCAGUGAAGAAGCAGAGUUCUGACUGGAGCUCUGGCUGGGAUGCAGACGACAGCUGGUCCAAUGAGAAAGAUGCAGAUGGUCAAGGUCAAAGUUCACCUGCUGAUGAGGGCUGGGGGAACGACUGGGAUGAAGACGGGACUCUGGCCGAGAGUUUCACACCAACACCUCGUAAAUCAUCAGCCGCUACAAAAAAUGCCAGCUCUGCACAGGAAGGAGUUCGACUGGCCAGCGAUUACAACUGGGACGGAAUGGAAGGAAAAUCCACAACAUCUGAUCUGCUGUCCGGUGUGUCUCAGCGAACUGCUACGAAGUCUGACGGCUGGGACGCAGACAGUGCAGGAGAUUGGGGAACAGAAGACAACUGGGAGUCACUGGAUGGAGAGCAAGGUUUAAGUAAAGCAGAACUGGCAAAGAAGAAACGAGAAGAGCGGCGGAAGGAGCUGGAGGCCAAACGGGCUGAGCGCAAGGCAGCCAAGGGUCCUCUAAAACUGGGCGCACGCAAACUGGACUGAGCACUGGAGGUACAGCAGAUCAUUGACCAUAAAAAGAUGGUUUUAAAGAAACAUUCCGUGACGGAGGAGCCCCAAACACACCAUAAACUAUGAUAUUCCUUUACCCUCCUCACAGUACGCCAUUUUUUAUAUCACACAAUAUCAUAGUUUACUGAGUGUGCAUGAACUCACUGGUUUGAGAAGCGCUAGGAGGAGAGGGAAAUAUGAAUGAUAUAAUCGUAGAUCUCUUUAUAUGUAUGUAUAAUGAUUAAAUAUGGACCGUUUUCUUUCCCAAAAUGAGGAUUUGAGACUGGUGAUCAUGGAUGGGACGAUGCCAUUAAUAUUGCAUGUAUAAACACAGAUCAAUAUUUUCAAAACUAAGGAUUCACUGGACUGAAGACGCGGCGUAUUUUCUUGGUUUGCCAUACGACGGGAUGUUUUUGUUCUUUCUGGUUUGUGCCUUCUCCUUCGUUCCUAGUAGGCGGUACUGCUUAUGUUGUCAAAUAAAGGAAUCAACAGAUGAUUUUUUUAUUAUUAAGCUAAUGACAGUCUGUGAGAUCUGGUGCAAUAUUUUCAGAUGGGGCGGUUCAUGUACUGUAUCCACAAACACACUCACAUGUAAAAUCCAGCUUCAUAUGUAUGAUAAUAAAGAGGAGAGUCUGUCUUUGUA